UCAAAGUACACUGUUAUAAUGUUUAUAUAAUUUGAAGUAUUGUUUAGUAGCUUCGUAUAUUAUUGAGCUGAUAAGUGCAACAUCAGUGAACGGCUAGCUUUAUUAAUGGAGUUCGUUUAUUGCUUCAGUCUCUCUGCUUUUCGGCAGAUUUACUGGAAGCUACAACAAGCAUCCGAAAUGAUGUUUUCUGUAUCAGAAACAAUUUCAUACUAACGACACAGACUUUUGCAUCGUUAUUGACGAUAUGCAUGUACGUGUUUUAAAGUCAGAAGGCACAUUUAAUAGAAACCCUCCUGCACAACAACAUCUGAUGAAUUGCUAUAUUUGGCCUGAUUUAUCAAAUAAUAAUAAAAUCACAACACGUCCUUCUGACGAAUUAAACCAGUUUAUAGUAUAAUGGAAAACAACCAUUUACUAGACACUCAUUUUGCUGACAAGUGCAUCAUGUUGUCUGAACACAAACAGCUGCUAAAUAACUUUGCUUAAAUUAAUACAAUUUAAAUAAAGAUUUGAUUUAACAAUACCUGAAUCUGUCAGUACUGCACAGUUUUCCUGACACAUUUCAGUCAGCACUGGUUCAACACUUGGGUUGUUGCAGUGAGAACAUGGAGCAGUACAAUAUUCUGGGUCGGAUCGGAGAAGGAGCUCACGGCAUCGUCUUCAAGGCCAAACACAUCGAGACAGGAGAGACGGUGGCUCUGAAGAAAGUGGCUCUGAGGCGGCUGGAGGACGGCAUCCCCAACCAGGCUCUGAGGGAGAUCAAGGCCCUGCAGGAGAUCGAGGACAACCAGCAUGUGGUGAAGCUGAAGGACGUCUUCCCUCAUGGUACGGGCUUCGUCCUGGUGUUUGACUUCAUGCUCUCCGACCUCUCCGAGGUGAUCAGGAACUCUCAGCGACCUUUGACCCCGGCUCAGGUCAAAGGUUACAUGAUGAUGCUGCUGAAGGGCGUGGCCUUCCUGCAUCACAACAACAUCAUGCACCGGGACCUCAAGCCAGCGAACCUUCUCAUCAGCUCUUCAGGUCAUCUGAAGAUCGCAGACUUUGGUUUGGCAAGAUUGUUCAGUGAGGAGGGAGAGAGACUGUACAGCCACCAGGUGGCUACCAGAUGGUACAGAGCUCCAGAGCUGCUGUACGGAGCCAGAAAGUACGACGAGGGAGUCGAUCUGUGGGCGGUGGGCUGUAUUUUCGGGGAGCUGCUGAACUCGUCUCCUCUGUUUCCGGGAGAGAACGACAUCGAGCAGCUCUGUUGUGUCCUCAGAGUGCUGGGGACUCCAACUCAGGACAGCUGGCCUGAGAUCGUGGAGUUGCCAGAUUACAAUAAAAUCACCUUCAAGGAGAAUCCAGCGAUCCCAUUGGGGGAGAUCGUCCCCGACACGUCCCCUCAGGCCGUUGACCUGCUCUACAAGUUCCUGGUUUAUCCGUCCAAACAGCGCUGCUCCGCCAGACAGGCUCUCCUCCAUCCCUACUUCUUCUCCUCUCCACUUCCUGCUCACCACUCAGAGCUGCCCACCCCUCAGAGAGGGGGCCGACCCCCCCGCCAGCGCCUGCAGGCUCCGCCCGCUGACUUCUCAGUGGACCUGCCCCUGCAGAACAGCGUGGUAGACCCCGCAGUGCUACAGGAACACGCUUCCUGUCUCUGAACAACCAAUCAUCGUCCUCUUUCAGUGACUUUCUUCUGAUGUUUUACACAAAUCUUUAUAUUUUAUAUUUAUUUAUUUGUGUUCUGUUGACGUGUUUUUCUUUACUCUGCUGAAACACUUCCUGUUGACAUCUGUUGUGAACGUUUCCUGUUGCUGUUCACUAACAUUUCCAUAGAAGUAUAACUGCAGUGAAAAUGUACAACAUGAAAUGAUAAUUAAAUGCGAUGAUAAUAUAAUAUAACAUGUGUUAGAGGCUUCUAUUCACGUGCUUAAUGCACUCUGUCAUGAACAUACUUGUCUUUAAAUUAUUAGUUAUUAAACAUGGACCUAAAGAGAAAAGAUGAUUUAUUCCACAUUUAGCUAUUAUCUCAUUUCCAUCUGCAGUCAGUGGGCAGGUAAACACAACGAUCCACAAGUCUCUGUCACACGAACAGUAUCUGAACAUCUGAACCACCACAGAACAAAUAAUCAACGAGAUUGUAUUGGAGGUACAAUCCAGAAGAAAAUGUGUUUUAGUCCCAAUAAU